CCCGCGCCCCCGCGCCCCCGCGCCCGCGACCAUGGACAAGAUCCUGGAGGGGCUGGUGAGCUCCUCGCACCCGCUGCCCCUGAAGCGCGUGAUCGUGCGCAGGGUGGUGGAGUCGGCCGAGCUGUGGCUGGACGGCGCGCAGUGCGAGGCCAUGUUCGGGCUGACCACGCGGCUCAUCCUGGAGGGCCCCGACCCGUUCCGGCGGCAGGUGGGCCGCCAGGUGCUGGAGGCCUACGCGCGCUUCCACCGGCCGGAGUUCGAGGCCUUCUUCAGCCGGCCGUUCGUGCAGGGGCUGCUGCGGCAGGGCUACGGCUCGCUGGGCGGGCAGGACGUGGCCAUCCUGGACUACAUCCACAACGGCCUGCGGCUGCUCAGGGGCUGCCCGUCGGUGCUGGACCUGUUCGGCCUGCUGCGGCUCGAGGUGCCGCGGCUGCUGUGCGAGCGGCCGGGGCCGCCGCUGUGCGCGCGCCUCAGCGACCUGCUGGGCGACUUCGCGCAGUGCGUCCCGCGGGGGCAGCCGGCCGUCGCCUUCUGCCAGCAGCUGGUGCGGACCAUGGGCCGCUUCCAGUGCGCGUCCACGCGGGAGCGGGAGCUGCGCGAGUACGUGUCCCAGGUGACGCGGGUGGGCGGCCUGCUGCAGAGCAUCUGGAAGGCCGAGCCCAGCGCGCUGCUGCCCUCCCUGCAGGAGGUCUUCGCCAGCCUCUCGGCCACAGAUACAUCAUUUGAACCUUCUGUAGCACUGGCAAGCCUCGUGCAGCAUAUUCCUCUUCAGAUGAUUACGGUUCUCAUCAGGAGCCUAACUACGGAUCCAAAUGUAAAAGAUGCAAGCAUGACCCAAGCUCUUUGCAGAAUGAUUGACUGGCUCUCCUGGCCCUUGGCUCAGCAUGUGGAUACGUGGGUGAUUGCACUCCUAAAAGGACUGGCAGCUGUCCAGAAGUUUACUAUUUUGAUAGAUGUUACUUUACUGAAAAUAGAACUGGUUUUUAAUCGACUUUGGUUUCCUCUUGUGAGACCUGGUGCUCUUGCAGUUCUUUCUCACAUGCUGCUCAGUUUUCAGCAUUCUCCAGAGGCGUUUCAUCUGAUUGUUCCUCACGUAGUUAAUUUGGUUCACUCCUUCAAAAGUGAUGGUCUGCCUUCCAGUACAGCCUUCUUAGUGCAGUUAACAGAAUUGAUACACUGUAUGAUGUAUCAUUAUUCUGGAUUUCCAGACCUCUAUGAACCUAUUUUGGAAGCAAUAAAGGAUUUCCCUAAGCCCAGUGAAGAGAAGAUUAAAUUGAUUCUCAAUCAAAGUGCCUGGACUUCUCAAUCCAAUUCUUUGGCCUCUUGCUUGUCUAGACUUUCUGGAAAAUCUGAAACGGGGAAAACUGGUCUUAUUAAUCUAGGAAAUACAUGUUAUAUGAACAGUGUUAUACAAGCAUUAUUUAUGGCUACAGAUUUCAGGAGACAAGUAUUAUCUUUAAAUCUAAAUGGGUGCAAUUCAUUAAUGAAAAAAUUACAGCAUCUCUUUGCCUUUUUGGCUCAUACACAGAGAGAAGCAUAUGCCCCUCGGGUGUUCUUUGAGGCUUCCAGACCUCCAUGGUUUACCCCUAGAUCACAGCAAGACUGCUCUGAAUACCUCAGGUUUCUACUAGACAGGCUACAUGAAGAAGAAAAGAUCUUGAAAGUUCAGUCCUCACACAAGCCUUCUGAAAGUCUGGGGUGCAAUGAAACUUCUUUACAGGAAGUAGCCAGUAAGGCAGCUGUACUAACAGAGAACCCUUGCACAAGUGAUGGUGAGAAGACUUUAAUAGAAACAAUGUUUGGAGGAAAACUACGAACUCACAUACGUUGUUUGAACUGCAGGAGUACCUCACAAAAAGUAGAAGCCUUUACAGAUCUUUCACUGGCCUUUUGUCCUUCCUCUUCUGUUGAAAACUUGUCUUUUCAAGAUCCAGCAUCAUCGUCCAAUACACAAGACGGUGGUCUAACGCAAGCCAAUGCACCUGGUCCUGCAGAAGAACCAGCAACAGCUGCCUUUAUUUGUGACUCAGCUAUGAAUGAGAGAAUGUUAGGCAGUCCUCCUGAUGAAUUUUGCUGUACUGAAAACACUUGUGUCCCCAAUGAAUCUAGCAAGAUUAUUGUUAAUAAAGAUGUACCUCAGAAGCCAGGAGGUGGAAGCACACCUUCAGUAACUGACUUACUAAAUUAUUUUUUGGCUCCAGAGAUUCUUACUGGCGACAACCAGUAUUAUUGUGAGAACUGUGCCUCUUUGCAGAAUGCCGAGAAAACUAUGCAAAUCACAGAGGAGCCUGAGUACCUUAUUCUUACUCUCCUGAGAUUUUCAUAUGAUCAGAAGUAUCAUGUGAGAAGAAAAAUUUUAGACAAUGUGUCACUGCCACUGGUUUUGGAGUUGCCAGUUAAAAGAACUACUUCUUUCUCUUCUUUGUCGGAAAGUUGGUCUAUAGAUGUUGACUUCACUGAUAUUAGUGAGAACCUAGCUAAAAAAUUAAAGCCUUCUGGAACUGAAGAAGCUUGCUGCUCCAGAUUGGUGCCGUAUCUAUUAAAUUCUGUUGUCGUUCACUCUGGUGUAUCAUCUGAAAGUGGGCAUUACUAUUCUUAUGCCAGAAACAUCACAGGUACAGAGUCUUCAUACCAGAUGUGCCAUCAGUCUGAAACUCUGGCAUUAGCGUCCUCCCAGAGUCAUUUACUAGGGAGAAAUAGUCCCAAUGCAGUGAUUGAACAGGAUUUAGAAACUAAGGAAAUGUCAAAAGAAUGGUUUUUAUUUAAUGACAGCAGAGUGACAUUUACUUCAUUUCAGUCAGUCCAGAAAAUUACGAGUAGGUUUCCAAAGGACACCGCUUAUGUGCUUUUGUAUAAAAAACAGAAUAGCACUAAUGGUUUAAGUGGUAACAGUUCAACCAGUGGACUCUGGGUAAAUGGAGACCCACCGCUACAGAAAGAACUUAUGGAUGCUAUAACAAAAGACAAUAAACUGUAUUUACAGGAACAAGAGUUGAAUGCUCGAGCCCGGGCCCUUCAAGCUGCAUCUGCCUCCUGUUCAUUUCGGCCCAAUGGAUUUGAUGACAAUGACCCACCAGGAAGCUGUGGACCAACUGGUGGAGGGGGUGGAGGAGGAUUUAAUACAGUUGGCAGACUCGUAUUUUGAUCCUGAGAAAAUCCAAAAUGCACUGGUCACAAAACACCUAAUACUAUGACUGUUAAAAUGUCAGACUGUAGCAAAUAUCAUACCUAUCUUUAAUUUUUCUUUCCAUUAGGCCCUUUAUACUUUAAGAAAAGACACUCAGUGCUUGUUUUUAUUUUCCUGACAAUACAUUAAUUAACAAAUGCAUCAUGGGAAAAAAAAACUACCUCUUAAAAUUCCACUUGCUCUUACGGUUUGAGAUGCUUGACCAAAAAUUUUCAGAGGAAAAUAUGUACCCGGUCCCUAAUUAAGCUGCAUUAAAUUUAGCAGAGACAUUUAAAUGGUCUCAUUCUCAGUUUUAUUAAACAAAAAAUAUACUUAGCAUCUUUUAUAAAAGAAUUGAUGCUAGAAAUUAUGGAAAUAUUGCUUAAGAAGAAAAAAAAUCCUUUAUUUCUUGCAUAGUAGCCCAUUAUUAAAUUCAAAUCUUUUAAAAUGCUAAAGAGAAUACAGUCUCUAAUGAAGGCAAUAACAGAAUUUAUCAAGCUAUAGUACUUUUCAGGUUUUUGUUUAGUGCUGUCUUCAGCCUCAGUGUAUCUGCGUUUCAAGUACAAAUGUUUUAAAAAAGGAUUAUUUAUACAUAUAUGCUGAACUGAUUUUAAGAAAGGUGCAUGAUCCUGUAGGAACAACGUUUUUACCUAAAAAUUGCUAACUUUGUAGUAUUUCUAAUUGUUUAAGGAUUUUCAAAUUCUAUUUCAGGGAGUAUAUCUUCUGUGUGUUUUGAAGGAGGUGUGUUCUAUAUGUGCCUUGCAGUACUGUAAUUCAAAAAUAGGAACCUUUGGCUGCGGAAAAGUUUUUAAAAAAUGAAAUGUUAGGAAGUAAUUUUUGUGCUAACAUUAAAAUUAUAACUUUUUGAAAGAUACUAGAUUUUCCUGAAGUAAAAUCCGAUGGUUCUAAAUCAAUAAGUGCGAUAGAUUAUUUUUAAAUCAUAGAAGAAUUCAGAGGAAAUGAACCUAGGCAAGUAAAAGAUCUUUUUUGUUUGUUACUUAAUCCUCAGAUUAUUAAAUGUCAAUUGCAUAUUUUUUAGAUUGUA